UAUAACUCCACACAUCUCCAUCUUCAUGCCUUCAUCUUCUUCUUCUUCUUCUUCUAACUUGCAUAAGAUCUCAACCAUGAAUUUCUAUAGAUCAGAAGAAAGCUCAUCAUGUUGUUAUUUCCAUCCAAAAGAAAUAGUUGUGGGAAUAUGUGCUCUUUGUUUGAAGGAAAGGCUUGUUAUAUUAGCUUCAAAACAAGGCCACCACCUUCCUUUACCUAAAGACACACACACUACUCACAAGUCCUUUAGAAUUCUUAGAAGAAAACCUAUCAUCACCUUCAACAAAGUCUUUGCUCUUGGCUCCUUCCUUCAUCGUCUAGACUUCAAGCAACCUAAACCAGACAUUGCCGAUGAAAUCGAUUCCAUUCCUAGUCUUGACGAUUCUUUUAUAUCAAUAAAGUUUGAAGAGAAUGGAAGAGCAAUGUGGGAUAACAAGAAAGGGAUGAUGAUGAUGAAGAAGGAAAAGGAGGUGAAGAGUGUGGUGGAGCAUAGUAAGCCAAGAGGGACGCUGAGGUGGAGGAAGAGGAUUGGACAUCUGUUACAGCUGGCAAGAUGGAAGAGGUCCACGAAGGGGGCCCCAUGCCACGUAGGAUUGCCGGGAAAAGUGGAAGGAAGGAGAGGUUGGAUUAGGAGCUUGACAAGGAGGAGAACAAGCAUCAACACCACCACCACCACCACCACAACAAGCUAAUUAAGUCAUGAAAGAAGAUGGAGUGUUGAACUUUAACAAAGAUUUUUAUUUUAUGUCUAUUUUGUUCUCUCUCUCUCUCUUUUUUUUUUCUUUUUGAGAUGAAUAAUAGAAAGAAUGUACACUGUGGAGAC